AUGUCGACUAUUGUGAGGACGCUGCGCAACCUUCGCCGGGUUGGCUUCAAGGAUGCCGCCCACCAGAUGCAGAAUAUCGGUGAUACCAAGGCCGGAACACUGAUCGGAGUCGAUCGCUGGGGAAACAAGUUCUUCGAGAACAUGAGCGAGGAACUGCCUCUCCGAACACGAUGGGUUGACUACAAGGAUGCCGAAUACGACGCAUCCCACAUUGAGCCCGGCUGGCACGCUUGGAUUUCCUACAUGGUCGAUGCGCCCCCCGCAGCCGACAAGAUCUUGGAGGGCGGUAUCCGUCACUGGGAGCUGCCCGAGCACCGUCCCAACCCGACGCUGAGCCGCUCUGCUUACAAGACUUACUCGACCACCCGGCCUAAGAUCAAUGCCUGGAACCCUGUCGCUGCUCCGCGGUAA